ACUCCAAAUUCACACUCGUGCUGUGCCCAUAAUUUCUGAGGCUGAGGAAAGUGAGUUAGGAUAGCCCCAGAAAUAGAAACUCGAAGUUACUCACUUACUCAACUACCACCACCACCACCAUGUUCUGAUAUUCCCCCAACCACACACAGUCACUCUUAAAAAAAUAAUUAAACUUUAUGCAAAUGCAAAGCAUGUCAACCACCAUGGCUUCGUUUUCUCCUCCGACCCAUUUCUCAGCCGCACCUUCUUCCUCGAAACUCCGUCUUGUCUACAAGAACAACAAUUUCUUCUCUCUCAGGUCGAAGAGUCUUGCUUUCUCUCCCUUGAAGGCUGCUGCUGCUGAGAACGGCGUUGGGACCGCCGUGGAGCCGCCGCCGGAGCAGGCCGUUUCGGUGCCGGAGCUGCCUCCGCCGGCGGUGGGAAAUUCUGUGGGGACCAAUGGGUCAGCUGCUGUUGCGGUCGAAAGUGAGGAAGUUAAGGUUAAAACCGGUUUCGUGGAUCCGAGGUGGGUUUCAGGAACAUGGGAUUUGAAGCAGUUUCAGAAAAAUGGAACCACCGAUUGGGACGCUGUUAUUGAUGCUGAGGCUAGAAGGAGAAAAUGGCUCGAGGAUAACCCGGAAUCAUCCAGCAAUGAAAAUCCUGUAGUUUUUGACACCUCUAUCAUACCUUGGUGGGCGUGGAUGAAAAGGUUUCAUCUCCCUGAAGCUGAACUACUCAAUGGCCGUGCCGCGAUGGUAGGAUUCUUUAUGGCGUAUUUUGUUGAUAGCUUGACAGGAGUAGGUCUAGUUGAUCAAAUGGGCAACUUCUUUUGCAAAACUCUGCUGUUCGUAGCAGUGUUGGGAGUACUUCUGAUCCGAAAGAAUGAGGACUUUGAAAACCUUAAGAAGCUAUUUGAUGAGACUACAUUAUAUGACAAGCAAUGGCAAGCAACUUGGCAGGAUGAGAAUUCAAGCACUUCCAAAAAUGAGUAGUGGAAUUGCUGUUUUGUAGUUCUCCCUCCCUCAAUUGUCUCUUAAUACAGUGCUGUCUGAUAAUUUUGUUAGUACAAAACAAGACAUGGAUAUGGAUUAGACAUUAUAUUUCGUUUCCUUCUCUCGUCCUAGUUCCAAAUGACCGAGAAAGUUUGUUUGUUUGCAAUGCUGGAAUUUUCUUGAGAGUCUGAGAUUGUUUUGUUAAUUUUAGUAGUUCUUAAUUAAUUAGGUUUGUUACAGUCAAUUUGACAAAUAUAGUACAUUCUCUACUCA